AUGUCAGAUGGGGUUGAUGCUGGCGGCGGGGAAAACGAGGUAGAUUCCCAUUCCUGUUCUCAAACUGAUGUUGGAGAGUCAUCGAAUCAAAGAGAAGAGGAAAAUUUAGACCCAGAUAAUGAAGCAGCCCUAAACACCAAUUACGAUAGCAGUGAUGGUGCUGUGCCUGCUUUUAGGUGUGAAAGGUGUGAAAACUAUGAGACUAUAAAUAAAACGGCAUUUUGUGCUCAUCAAGAUCAAUGUUUGGCUAGUGCCGAGCCAGGGGAAAGUGCGGAAAAUAUUGAGGCUGCUGAAAAUGAUGGAGAUGGAGAAGAAAGUCAUCCUGGUAUUCGUUCUCAUAGAAAAAUGUUUGAAUGUGAUGUUUGCAAUAUGCAAUUUUCAAAUGGAGCUAACAUGAGGCGGCACAAAAUGAGACAUACUGGUGUAAAGCCAUAUGAAUGUCGUGUGUGCCAAAAAAGAUUUUUUCGAAAGGAUCACCUGGCAGAACAUUUUACAACUCACUCUAAAACUCUGCCAUAUCAUUGUCCAAUUUGUAACCGAGGUUUCCAAAGACAAAUUGCAAUGAGAGCCCAUUUUCAGAAUGAACAUGUUGGCCAACAUGACAUGGUUAAAUCUUGCCCUUUGUGCAAUUAUCGUGCAGCAACUAUGAAGUGCCUCAGGUUACACUUUUUUAAUAGACAUGGAAUAGAUUUAGAUAAUCCAGGACCAAACAGUUCAAGUUCAUUAAUGAACAGUUGUACUCCGGGAGAAGCUAUGCCUUCUGCUCCUCUUUCAGAUAGUGGAGAUAGUACUGGAAAUCGUUCGGCAGAUAAUGCAACUCCGCCAAUGCAUUUCCUGACACCUCACAUAGAGAUAUCAAUUCCUUAUCCAGAACAAACUCCGAACCAACGAAAUCCAAGUCCUGCUCCCCUGAACGGAGAUAGCCCAAAUAGCCCUCAAAGUGCAGAUAGUAACAGUAAUGCACCAAGUAGUAGUCAUCAUCAGUUACCUAUUAACAGUAGUGGCAUCCACAGAAGUCUUGGUGGAAAUGAAGACACAAUUACACCUUCUAUCUCACUAAUUCCUAUUAAGCAAGAACCAAACAGCAAUGGAACUGAAGAAAAUGGAGCAACAUCUAGUAACCUUCCACUACCGUCUUUGAUCAAAGUUUCUCCAUUAAAGUCCCUUCUCCGAGAUGAUUUACGACGCAAACUUUCAUCUGGUUCUGGAAAUAAUAACAACAACAAUAAUAAUGGUAAUAACACUUCAAAUUCAAAUUCCCAUUCAAGAGGAGAACCUCCUAGUUCAACAAGGCCCGAUCAACGAAGCAAUGGGCUUCAGUGUGCUCAUUGUAAAAUCACUUUCCCCGAUCAAACAUUGUAUUUUCUGCAUAAAGGGUGUCAUAGUGAGAGUAAUCCUUGGAAAUGCAACAUUUGUGGCGAACAAUGUUGCAAUUUGUACCAAUUCAAUUCACACCUAUUAAGCAAAAGUCAUCAGUAGUAAAAAAAAAGCAAAAAGAAAAAAUAACGUUGUUUGUAGAGUCAUAGAAUCUCGAUUAUUUAAAUAUUUAUUAAAUAAUAUAAUCAAUUUUAAUAUGAUUUAUACAAAGAAUACUAAAAGCUUGAACCAAAAAGAAACACAUUUUACAGAAAAAUAUUUUUACUUGAUUUAAUAUUUACAUCUCGAUUUACAUUAACAAAAAAAAAAAAAAAUCAAAUAAU